GUCAUUGUUGUGAGACCAUUUUCACCAAACACAGCAGUGACUUCCGCGAUCGAUGCUGGCAAAAACAAACCGGAGAACCGACGUAGACGAGAAAUAAAACUCUUCCUCGUCAAACCCGCGGCUAGUUAUGGUAUGGAGUGUCCGACUAGGGUGAAUGAAUUCUGGGGACAGCGCGAGACAGAUAGGACCAGCGCGCGCAGGAGGACGCACCUGCGGACAGGUGUCUGACGGAAUCGGCCAAAGUCCGCUACACCGCCUGCGCUCGUUCAUCCGAACCCUCCGCAGGCUCCCGGUGUUGCUGAUAAGAGCUCUCCUCCUGCUCCUCCUGGGUCUGAUCCGUCCGAUCCGCCGAGCCAUGGCGACCAGGGCCAAAGACCGCGGCUCCGAGGAAACCGGAGAGCGGAUACGAAACCACCACAAACAAGCCUUCGAGUUCAUCUCUCUGGCUCUGCAGAUCGAUGAGGACCAGAAGGGUGAUAAGGAGCAGGCGGUGCAGUGGUACAGAAAAGGCAUCGCUGAGCUGGAGAGAGGCAUCCGUAUCCAGGUCACUGGAGCUGGGGAAAAGGCAGACAGGGCCAGAAAGCUUCAGGACAAAAUGACCAGCAACCUGCAAAUGGCCAAAGACCGGCUGGAGCUUCUGGGCAAACUGCUUCCAAUGUCCCCAUCAGAGGGCUGCUCUGGUCACACAGGCCUGUCUUUCUCCAAUGGGAGCCUGUGUCCAGUUGCAGGCAGUGGAGCAGUUUCAAAAAAAAAGGACAUUCAAUCCCCUGUGCGACCCAAAAACCCACCUAAAUCUGCCCUGCGCCCCACACCUUCAACCGGUCACAGCGGCAGGACCGGCCCUCAGAGCAACCUGAAGGGGCCCCCGACAAGAGCCGGCAACACUGCCACUGCAACACCUCAGAGGAAAAGAGACAUGAAGAACUUUAAAAAUGUGGACAGCAAACUGGCCAACCUCAUCCUUAAUGAGAUCAUAGACAGCGGUGCUGUGGUGCAGUUCGAUGACAUAGCAGGGCAGGAAUUGGCAAAACAGGCACUGCAGGAAAUCGUUAUCCUGCCUGCUCUACGUCCAGAGCUGUUUACUGGUCUCAGGGCUCCUGCUAGAGGGCUUCUGCUCUUUGGCCCACCUGGAAAUGGGAAGACUAUGCUGGCUAAAGCAGUUGCAAAGGAAUCUAAUGCUACGUUUUUCAACAUCAGUGCUGCCACUCUCACCUCCAAAUAUGUGGGAGAGGGCGAGAAACUGGUUCGGGCUUUGUUUGCAGUUGCUAGGGAACUGCAGCCGUCAAUCAUCUUCAUCGAUGAGAUUGACAGUCUGCUGUGUGAGAGGAGAGAGGGCGAGCAUGACGCCACCAGAAGACUCAAAACAGAGUUCCUCAUCGAGUUUGAUGGAGUGCAGUCAGGGGGAGAUGAGCGAGUGUUAGUGAUGGGAGCCACUAACAGGCCUCAGGAGCUUGAUGAGGCAGUUCUUAGGCGGUUCGCUAAACGCAUUUAUGUGGCUUUACCUACAGAGGAGACUCGUCUGAAGCUGCUCAAGAACCUCCUCCGCAAACACAGAACCACUUUAUCUCAGAAAGAGCUGAGUCAGUUAGCCAGGAUGACGGAGGGUUACUCUGGCAGUGAUCUGACCUCACUGGCUAAAGACGCUGCUCUUGGUCCUAUACGAGAGCUUAGGCCUGAACAAGUGAGGAACAUGCCAGCCGAUGAGAUGAGGGACAUCCGUUUCUCUGAUUUUGAAGAUUCGCUCAAGAAGAUAAAGCGGAGCGUCAGUCCUCAAACGCUGGAUCAGUACGUCCGCUGGAACAGCCAGUACGGAGACACAACAGCCUUAUGACACUUUUUUUUUUUUUACUAAAAACGUGGAAUAAAAAAAAAGGAAUUUGUAUAAUUUUGUCUUUUCUACGACUGCGCUUUUGCCUCUGAUCUGGAGACGGAGUCGUUUGGAGCUCAGGCUGAGAUUUGCUUUGAAUUACACCAGAGCUCAAGACCAUGUGGAUUUCUACGAAACCAAGGAACAUUUUCCUUUGAUUCUUCCUCUUGAUUGGUGUGUGAAUGAUAAAGCACUUGGCGUCUGUGGUGUUCUAGAUGCAUUUGUUCCUCUCUUAUUUUGUUUUUGAUUCAUGUAUCCAGAUAAAUCGAAUCCUCAGUGGUGGUGUGAUGUGCUCAAUCAAACAGCACGUAGGGAUGCUGUUGAUAAAUGAACGAUUUAUGAUUAGAAACAGUUCAGACUGCAUGUGUAUUUGGAUUGACCAGCACUCCUUAUGUGUUUUUUAUUUGCAGGCACUAGGGGGCAUCAGUUGAGACUGUAUGUGAAUGUCUUCCUAAAUGUGUUCUGCUGGAACUAAAGUCAUGAUAUUGCUCCAUG